AUGAACGCACAACGCCUCUUCCGAACAUCACCACCACGGAUAGCGCAACGCCUUCGCCCCACAAGACGGUACACCACCAAGCCUACAGACCCCGCUCCACCACAACCCCAUCCACCAGCACAAUCGCCAAACCCAAACCAAGCGCCUCCACCUCCCAAGAAAGCUCCCUCGCGCGUAGGAACUUUCUACCGCAACAACACCUAUCCCGUCUUGAAGUCCUUCCUCGUCGCCCUCUUCACAUACCAGCUCGCAUUCUACGUAUGGCUCAAGCUUGAGGUCGUGGAGGAGAAGAGUGAACAACAGGGGGCGAUUAGAGGUUUGGAAGAAGAGGUCAAGAAAAUGGUUGCUCAACAAAAGAGGAACGUGUCAGAUGCAGUAGGGAAGGUGGCCGAUAGGGAGGAUAUCAAACCAGAAGAGAAGAAGAAAAAGGGAUGGUUGUGGUGA